AAACGAAUAAGAAAAAGAACGUGUGCAGUGAGGGCGAUCAUCGGAAGCAGUUCAAAAUGUUGUUUUUCGCUACGAAAUACACAAAAAUUUCGUGAAAAACUAUUCAAAAGCUCGAAAUCAACUUGUGAUGGCCAAUCGGAACGAAGUGGAGAUGGAGAAACAGUUCCUGGCUGACCUUGAAAAGGCCAAAGCUCUAAGUCUGGAAACGCUUGAAUUGGAAAAAAUUCGCCAACAACGCUACUCGCAUCCGGAAUCAGGCAACUAUUCCGAAUCGAGGACCCUCGAAGACUACAAAACCUAUCUGCAGCGCAAGAUUCAAUUGCAUCAAACAUCUCCGUCUGGCAACGCUAAUAACUCGAAUAAUGGCAAUCUUUCGCCGCAACUUUUCACUGCUCCAGCAGGAGGCGAUCAAACAACAGCCCCAAUAAGGCGGAUCAGUGACAUUCGCAAUCCUGGCUUAGGCCAACAAACUAAAGCCAAAGAUGAGGCCGAUCUAAUUUCGUUCAAUGCUCCUCCACCGGCUCCCAAUCCGAAAGACGAGGCGCACAGUAAUCUGAAGGAAUUGGUAGAUCAAAUGCAUCGCAUGAAUGCUCAAAAUCAAUAUGAAACAGCGUACAAAACACAACGCAGUUUAAGCAUGUCAUCUGCGUCAUCAAACUUCGGUGUGUACAGCCCAGCAUAUUUGCAGCAACAAGUUGUGCGAAAUGGAAAUCCUUCCGCAAUGCAGCUGGUUCCGUAUAACAAACAAGAAGCACCGAAACCUCUUACGCCGGAUGAAUUAAAUCGCUUGUACAACAUGCCAACCUACGGGGCUGCUCCAAGGCCAGGAUUCAUCGCUCAACCUCAAUACGGUCCCGUCAAUUAUCCUCAGCUGCCAGCCGGAUUGAAUCCUCCCAAUGUCAUGUCCCAAAGUUUCACCAAUCUUCAAGGUUUUCCUCAACCUCCCCCAGCCGUGCCGGCUUCUCAAUCUACCAAUUUAGCCACCAAAUCUCCUCAGCCGUUUGGCACCAUAACUAGCAUGACCUCUUCAGCUAAUCCCGUCGCUAAUCCCGAGUCCGCUCUAGUGCACGUCCCCAAAUCCAUAAAUCCGAAGCUGAAUUUAUCGAAUCGUUCGGCAUCACAACCACAGUCUCCCUUUCCGCCAGCCCUCGCCAUUCCCGGCCCCUCCAAUAACAAUCCUUUCUCGCGUAAUUCGGUUGGGUCGACCGGAGGCGGAAGCAGCAAUAACAACAAUCCCGAGGUAGUUUUGCGUCCCAAAAGUGAUCCUCCGGGAGGUGGAAGUUCACGAUCCGGCACCGGUGAGGAUAAUCUGAUCGAUUUCGGUUUCGAAGAUAACUCUCGCGUAUCGGUAUUGGAAGCGUUUGACCCGCUUCUUUGCGGCAAUCGGAGCAGCUCUGGAAGUGGGGCCAGCGAGGACGAUAAAGAUGAUACAGCGUCGACUUACUACGAAGACUACGACCCAUUCGACUACAUCUACAGUGGGGGAACGCAAUAUUCGGACCCGGUGUAUGAGGCCGUGAACAGAUCGGACAAGACGCCUCUGUCGCCGAACAGCAACGGUUCGGGUCCGCCAGCAAUCGGUUGGAAUGUGUCCAGUGCCUAUGGCUUUGGGGAACCGUUGGACGCAAUGGAAGCGGAAGGAGAUGGCACACCCCCACCGUUGCCGCCUCGAAAUUCCGACCUGUAUCAACCGAUGAGUGGUGGCAUUGCGGCUGUUCGACCCAAGGAGGAAAGCAACUAUGAAGUCAUGCAACGACAGGUGCUGGGCGAGCGACGAUCUGCCCCGGUUAAGCUGUACGAGAAUGUGGUUGUCCGAAAGAGCUACGACAAAGAGCUUAUUGCCUUCUACAACUUGGUAAAACAGAUAAGAGCCAACUAUCGCUAUGAUCAAUCGGACACAAACGUAGGUCAUGUGGUGGCUUCGGAGUUUGACAACCACUAUCCGGAAGGAACCAGUAUUAAACUACUCGUGCAUCCGUCGUUGGAUUGCUUUAGUUCUUACGAUAGUCAGAACAAGGGACAAAUCGACGGCUACGGGCCUCCAAUUCCAUUUACCUGUGAUAUUACUACUACGGUUGAGCACGUGAUUGCCCAAGUUUACUGUGCACUGGAAGGACAAGUUUCGAACAGUGUUGGUGAUUUCGUUCUAAAAGCGAUUGGCAUUCAGGAAAUUCUGAGCUCCCGGUCCAGGCUUAAUCAGUUGCAAUGUGUGCACAACAGCAUCAAAUUGGAGCACGACGUUCAGCUGGGAUUCAUUCCAAAAACCCCUCGAAUAAUGCAGACCAUUGCUAGAACGGCCCAAGAUGACAUUCGAGAUGCCGAAUUAAAACUGGAACAUAUCCUGCCAAAGGAAGCAACUUCUUCAAUCAGUUACGAUGAUUUGAUGAUUUUGCUGGAGACUUUGGAGGCGGAAAUCGAAAAGUUACAAUCAACUGCCGACGACAGUAGUCCGCACAGCAUACUUAGCUGUUCGGGAGUGAUCCAGGCCGUAAAGGCCGUUUGCAACAUGUUGGGUCAGUUUGAUACACUGGAAAUCAGUAAGGCGAUAGACGAUCUGAAAUUGUGCUGUGACAGCGGCCAAACUGUCUACAGCUACAACGAUUCAUCCGAUUACAGCAAUGGCAGUUUGAGCAUUCUUUCGGAAAGUGGUGACUACGCUGAGGUGAAGCUUCGGCCAAGAACAAUAAGUCAACAAAUUCGAUAUCGAUGCAAUGAAGUACGAAAUUCUAUUCAAACACUAUUGCAGAUUUAUUCUCAUGCAUUUAGAGUAAACUUCUGUGUCAAUACACCCGAGUGGAACACUAAUCCGAUUUCGAUCAGCAGCAUUUCGCAAUGCGUAAUGGUUAACGUGAUGUGCUUGCAUCGUCCGCAAGUCCACUGGAAGCACGACGAGUACAAUUUGGGUGUUCAAAUUUAUCAUGGGGCUCGAUUUAUCAGUGAAGCUGUGGUCACUCAAUGUUCCAAUGAACUAACUGGAAUUUAUCCGCGUUUAAAAUUCAAUUCUUGGAUGAUGUUUCGGAAUUCCGUUUGCACUUUGCCCAGAGAAGCGAGGUUAAUAUUUGUAUUGUACGGUGUUACUCGUGAACCCGUUGAAGGAGAUAAGCAGGAUGGUUCAACUUCCGGUGCAGAUGAAGCAGUCCAAGCAGGAAAAGUUACCAAAUAUGAACUUGGUUGGUCCGCUAUUCAGUUUUUCGAUUUUGAGAGAAAAAUGAUACAAGGAUGUUACCUUUUGCCGCUUUGGCCUCCAACCGCAGAAAAAUACUUUGGACCGGCUCCAGCCAAAGGAACGCAUCCUCUUGGCUCGGCUUAUCCGAUGCUGGGAAUCGAAAUCCCCAGCUAUGGAGGUUCUGUUGUGUUUCCCGAAAGUAUCAAAAACCUCCCACCUUGGGCAAAGCUAGAUUUCAACAGCUUGGAUCGGAACUUGCAACAGGAAUUGAUUGAUACUGCCGAGCAAGGUUAUUCUGCUGAUAAGCUCGAAAAACGAGAAGUUCUUUGGGAGAAGCGUCAUUAUCUUCAUAGUUUUCCUCACGCCUUACCGAAGAUUCUGCAUGCUGCUCAUAGUUGGGACUAUGCUUGUCUAGCCGAUCUUCAUGCCUUACUGAAAUCCUGGUCUACGCUGAAUCCAGUACAAGCUCUCGAACUACUUCUUCCUCGCUAUCCGGAUUUGGAAGUGCGUCGACAAGCUGUCGAGUGGAUAUCACAUAUGCCCAACGAUGAAAUCGUUGAUUUUCUUCCACAACUUCUUCAAGCUCUAAAACAUGACACUUAUGAAGCUUCUCCAUUGGCACAAAUGCUUUUGCAAAAAUCGUUAGAAUCCCCAAGAAUAGCUCAUCACCUGUAUUGGCUUCUACUGCACAGUUUACCAGGAGAAGCUCCACAAAACAUGAUCGACAUGGGUCAACUGGAUGCAACUUUAGUGAAUCAAGCUCGCUAUCAUCGUCGAAAUCAACUUAUGCUACGAGCUCUUAUGGCUACCUGUGGUGAAAAACUUACGGCCAGAUUCUUAUCCCAAAACAUGAUGUGUAAGAAACUAGGCGAAGUGGCUCAAAGUGUUAAGAUGGCCAAGGAAUCGCAUCGCUUGCAAACUCUCAAACAAGGGCUCGAAUCAGUCAACCAAAUUCUUAUUGACAGUCCAACAGUUCUGCCUCUGGGCCCGGGGAAUGAAGUAACCGGUAUAGUGGUUCGGAGCUGCAACUAUUUCAACUCGAAUACGUUGCCUUUAAAGGUAAACUUUUCCGGACCGGAUCGUGUUAUUAUUCCGGCCAUUUUCAAGAGUGGUGACGACCUACAACAGGACAUGUUGACUAUUCAGAUGGUGCGAAUCAUGGACAAACUUUGGCUCCGAGAAGGACUCGAUUUGAAAAUGGUCACCUUCAAUUGUGUUCCCACGAGCUACAAAAAGGGCAUGAUCGAACUGGUUUCCGAUUCGGAAACGUUGCGCAAAAUCCAAGUUGAGUGGGGUCUGACGGGGUCGUUCAAGGAUAAAUCGAUCGCUGAAUGGUUGGCCAAACAGAACCCUAGUCAGUUAGAAUACCAAAGGGCGGUGGAAAAUUUUACACGAUCAUGUGCGGGCUAUUCGGUGGCCACCUAUAUUCUCGGUAUUUGUGAUAGGCAUAAUGAUAACAUUAUGCUCAAAACUUCGGGACACUUGUUCCAUAUAGAUUUCGGUAAAUUCCUCGGGGAUGCACAAAUGUUUGGUAAUUUCAAAAGAGAUCGCACACCAUUCGUGCUUACGUCGGAUAUGGCGUACGUUAUCAAUGGAGGUGAUCGACCGUCAGCAAAGUUCCACAAAUUUGUAGAUCUAUGCUGUACCGCAUUUAACAUUGUUCGCAAGCAUGGCGAUUUGAUACUACACAUGUUUGCACUGAUGACAACUUCCGGCAUUCCGGGUGUGACGGUUGAGGCGGUGAAUUAUGUACGCAACGCGCUGCUUCCCGGGCAGUCCAAUCCGGAAGCAGCGGCAUCAUUCGCCAAGAUGAUUCACAUCUCUCUCAAAUCGUGGUUCACGCAGUUCAACUUCUUCCUGCACAACAUUGCGCAGAUGAAGUUUUCGGCGGAAACCGACGACGGCGAGCUGUUGAGUUUUGUGCCGAGAGUUUACACAAUGGCCCAAGAUGGAAGACUGAAAUCGGUAACCGUCCAUGGUUUCCAGAAGCGGUACGAUUUGGAAAAGUACUACACUUACAUACUGAAGGUGACCCGCCAGAAUCAACCGGAUCCUGCCUACCUGUUCCGUUCAUACAAAGAAUUUUGCGAGUUUCAUCAAAAGCUCUGCAUUCACUUUCCGCUUGCGAAACUACAUAGCCUCCCAUCCGGCAUCCAUGUGGGUCGAUCAAACGUGAAAACCGUUGCCGAGCGUCGUCUUCCGGAGAUCCGCCAGUUUCUGAUCUCGCUCUUCAACUCGGCUGAUGAAAUAGCACAUUCCGAUUUAGUUUACACCUUCUUCCAUCCACUGCUGCGUGACCAACAGGAAGCGGAUAUUCACGCAGCCAAAGUUAAAGGGAACCGAGCAAUUGUAGACGAAUACGAGCAGCCCCGUGGAGAGAUCAAGUUCUCGCUGCAGUACCACCGUGAUACGUUGAUCGUUAUGAUUCAGCACGCUCGUUCACUACCGGCCACGGCUAGCAAUCCUGAGCCAAAUACCUACGUGAAGGUCUACCUCCGACCAGAUCAGCACAAAGCAACGAAGCGCAAAACCAAGGUUGUGCGUAAAAAUUGCAAUCCAAGUUUUAUGGAAACGCUUGAAUAUCGACUUCCUUUGGAUUACAUCCAGAGAAAGACGCUCGAAGUGACAGUCUGGUCCCACGAUCCUCUGCAAGAAAAUGCAUUCCUCGGAGGUUUUCGUCUACCACUGGCCGAUCACGAUCUACGGAACGAAAUCAACGAAUGGUUCCCCCUCAGCUAUCUGACCAGGGCAUAAAAUGUAAGGGAAGAAGAUAUGUGUCAAACACAGCAAACUAUUCAUCCAAACAUGUAUUUUGUAUUUUUUUUAACUAUUCGUUGGAAGUUUUUUUUUUAAUUAUAAUUAUUUACAUAGAAAAAAGAACUAUAGUGUGUUUAACUAGGGCUUCUUUACAUUCGUCAUGUCUAGCGAUAGUUGUGGUUGUCUUCGUUUAACGUGAAACAAGAGUGAAGCUUGGAAUGAAGCAAAGAAUUUAUUUAUAUUUACUAAAAAGGUAUUUUCUUACACUAAAGAAUGUACUCUCACAGUUAUGAGCGAGAUAAUGAACAUUUGUAUAA